AUGCUGAACGACUUCGGACGAAACAGCUUCUACCAAGAAGCACUCCAGGCAGCCUUGGCUAGGAUCUUGGCCAUCGAGGCGAACCCUGGCUUCAAGACACGCCUGGCUUGUGCUUCGCGAGUCGGGGCCGGGAAUCUGCAUCUCGCAGAGCUCGCAGCCAAGACCAUUGAGGGAAACAGAAUGCUCUAUCCCAACACAAACAUCAGUCUCAUUGCGCAGCUGUCCACGCAAGUUGAUCUCGGCACUCUAGGGGGCAAAGCUGACAUUCUGGUGACCGAGACCUUCGGUACAAUGCUGUUGGGCGAAGGAGCUCUGACGUUCCUGUCAGAUGCCAGGGAGAAAAGGGACAGCAAAGGAGACCGUCUCCUGAAAGAGGGCGGCCAGAUCAUUCCUGCUGGUGGGUGCCAGUAUGUGACGCUGGUGCAGAUGUCUGAGGCGGUGUGGUCGCCUCCACCAUGGCGUGGCUUCAAUCUGAGCCAACUUGAGGAUCUCCAAGACACAGUCUACUGGAAGGCAGACUCGGAUGACUCCACGAGGGGGAAGGUCGUAGACUCUUUCUGA